AUGGACACCCUAUUAACCGCGGAUAUUGUUGCUAACUCCCCGCGAUUCCGGCGCAAGUCGUCAACAUUUGUUGAUGCAAUUCAUGACCUCCCCGAAAAGGCCGAUUUAGCACCGGCUCAGUUGUAUAGUACAGAGUCCGGUCGACUUUUCCACUCCGGGCGGAUUGUCAUUAUUACUGUGGGCUUACCAGCAAGGGGCAAGACGUUGGGCGUUAAGACUAGGAUUUUCCACCUUGGAGACUACAGACGUGCCACUAUCCCAGUUGGCCAGGACAUCCCUGAUGAUUAUUUCUUCGUUAACGCAUCUGCUUCCUCAGUCCUUCUGAGACAAAAGAUUGUAAAACGGUGCCGGGAAGACAUAUACCAAUUUUUGAAUGAUGAAAAUGGCCAGAUAGCAAUAUAUGAUGCUGUUAACCCCUUGGCUUCAGGACGACGAUCGCUUGCGAAGGAGUUCGCCAAGCAUGAUAUUGAGACCCUUUUUAUCGAGUCAUGGUGCGAUGAUGAGCGCAUUAUCGAAGAGAAUGUCCUUCGGGUAAAAAUAUCUUCACCCGAUUAUGUAGGCUGGACCUCGGAGGAGGCAGUGAAGCAUUAUUUGACCCGUAUACACGCUCGGAUCCCUCAGUUCCAGACGAUGGAGGAAAAAGACCUGAACUAUAUCAAGAUGAUCAAUGCUGGCGAAAGGUUGAUUGUUAACAAUCGAAGUUUUGGUUAUCUUUCCCAUCGUAUCGUUUUUUAUCUUCUCAACCUUCACAUAAAAUCUAGACAUACAUAUUUCGCACGGGCCGGUGUUUCCCUGGAAGCUGACUCUUACAAAGCUGAUGCUUCCUUGUCAGAACAAGGGGAGGACUAUGCUAAGAAAAUGACUGAAUGUCUACUGAGGCACAGAGAGUCUGAGAAGCAAGCAACAAUCGACCAAGGAGAGACAGACUAUGAGUUGAAACCGUUGACAGUUUGGACUUCCACCAGGCGUAGGACAAUCGAAACCGCAAAGUAUCUUCACGAGACCGGAUACAAAGUCCGACAGAGAUCACAACUGAGCCAAUUGAACCCAGGUGUUUGCGAGAAGAUGUCAGAAAAGAAGAUUCGUGAAGAAUAUCCAGACGAGGUAGCAAAGCAUGAAUUGGAUCCUUAUCACCAUAGGUACCCUCGGGCAGAGUCGUAUCACGACCUUGCUGUGCGCCUUGAACCUAUAAUAUUGGAACUUGAACGUGAGCAGAAUGAUCUCCUCAUUAUUGCACAUGAAAGCGUCCUAAGGGUUCUAUACGGCUAUCUUAUGGCAUGUAAUGCGGCGGAUAUUCCAUUCCUAGAGUUCCCUCGGGACGAGAUAAUUGAGAUCAUCCCGGAAAGCUAUCAAAAUGAGGCUCGUAGGAUCCAUAUUCCGGACCUCCCCAAGGAAAUCAUUCCUGGCUCACCCCAAGACAUCAAAAUACCUGUGCCCCCCAGUGGGGUCACCACUCCUUUGGUUGGAGGGUUAAGUAGUCCACAAGAAGGGUUUUCGACGCCACAAAGCGGACUUCGGACCCCUCGUGAGCCCGAGAGAAUAUCGCAGCAGCAUCUCAUGGUAUCCAUCACAAGCGAUUAUAUCAGUGUCGGCGGAAACAGGCAUCCCGCCGCCGCUGACUGGGAUGUUCAGUCCGGUGUGCUUGCCUUUGGUGCGGACAACAAUGUGGCUUUGUGGGACCCGAAGGAUAAGUUUCAGCGUGGGGUCUACUCUCUUCUUGUCGGCCAUACCGACAAGGUCAAUGCCGUUAGAUUCUACACAUAUCCCGUUACGGGCACAAAAUUCCUUGUUACUGCUGCUGCCGAUCACACAGUUCGGAUAUGGCGAGGUGUAACGGGUACCCAUCUCCAAUUCACUCAUGCGCAAACUCUAGAAGGUCAUACAAGCUCGAUAAACGCAAUCGCUGUCAGUGAUGGAGCGGAUCUCGUUGCAUCUGGAGCGGCAGAUGGAAGUGUUAAAAUUUGGAGAAUAAUGUUCCAGGGAGAAGAAACCAAGAGCGAGUUACUCACAACUAUAGUUAUGAAGCCACGCUUUUUCCCUCUGGCAUUGGCACUGAAGCCGCUCCAGGCAGAUGGACCCAUGAUAUUGGCAGUUGCAGGCACUACAAACAUCAUACAUAUCUACAUCCUCGAAGAUCCGCUCGGUGAUACUAGUUUCAGGCUUGCUGCUGUGCUAUCCGGUCACGAGGCUUGGGUGCGUUCUCUGUCGUUUACGCGGGAUAAGCAGAGCAAAACAGGAGACCUUUUGCUCGCGUCUGCUAGCCAGGACAAGUAUAUUCGCCUCUGGCGAAUCCAACGUGGGGAGGUUACCCUUGCAGGGGCGGCAGGAGAAGAGGACCCCAUGCUAGGCGAACUCGAACCGACGCUAUCAAAUAAAGCUCAUCAAUUUAAUGCAGCGGGGUCGAAGUAUUCUGUUACUUUCGAAGCUCUUCUGUUCGGGAACGAGGACUGGAUUUACACUACUGCAUGGAACCCCAGCCCCGAACGUCAACAACUUCUCUCUGCUUCUGCGGAUAAUACCUUGACUAUCUGGGAACAAGAUACCGUCUCUGGAGUUUGGGUUUCAGCUGAAAGGAUGGGGGAAAUCAGUGUUCAGAAGGGGUCUACUACAGCUACAGGUAGCACCGGUGGGUUCUGGAUUGGCCUCUGGUCACCGGACGGUAACCAAGUAGUAAGUCUUGGACGAACAGGUAGCUGGAGGGCAUGGAGCUACGAUGCGGAUGCGGAUGUCUGGGUGCAGACCCUGGGCAUAUCGGGACAUGUGCGCUCGGUUAAUGGCGUACGGUGGGAACCUACUGGGGGUUAUUUGUUGUCUACCAGUGGAGACCAGACGACUCGACUUCAUGCCCAAUGGCUACGUGAUGGAAAACAGUCUUGGCAUGAGUUCUCGAGGCCACAAAUUCACGGCUAUGACCUGAAUUGUGUCGAUACAUUGGGACCUGCGCGCUUCGUUUCCGGUGCAGAUGAGAAGCUUUUGCGGGUUUUCGACGAGCCCAAACCAAUCGCUAUGUUACUAGACAAACUCUCUGGAUUCAAACAAUCUGCAGAAGGAGAACUGCCAGACAUGGCUCAGAUCCCGGUUUUGGGUCUCUCAAAUCAAUCGAUGGGAGAAGCUCCAAUGGGAGAGGGGGAGGGGGAGGAGGCAAAUGCUACCACUAUUGGACAAGCUCAGGCAAAUCAAACAAUACUCUCGGAUUCAAACCAGCCACCCUUAGAGGACCAGCUAGCGCGCUACACACUAUGGCCAGAGCACGAAAAACUCUAUGGUCAUGGCUAUGAAAUCUCGGCUGUGGCUGUCAGUUAUGACUGCACACUCAUUGCUACAGCCUGUAAGGCGAGCUCAAUAGAUCAUGCAGUGGUUCGUCUCUAUGAUACAUCGGACUGGCAUGAGAUACGGCCUUCCCUAGCAGCACAUUCUUUAACUAUUACGAGCCUUUCCUUUUCUAGCGAUGACCAGUACCUUCUGAGUGUUGGUCGAGAUCGGCAAUGGGCAGUUUACUGUCGCAGUGAACAAGAUCGAUCUGCGUUCUCACUCAUGGAAUCUCACCCUAAAGGCCAUUCAAGAAUGAUCUUGGAUGCUGCUUGGGCCCCGGUACCGGAUAUCCACACUUUCGCCACAGCUGGUCGCGAUAAGUUAGUGAAAAUCUGGCAAAUUAGCAACGGGUCCUUUGUAUGCAAAACAUUAAUCACACUGAAGAGCUCCGUUACCGCAAUAUCAUUCCUCCCGAGGGCGCAGGCGAACUCAGUCUUCCUUGCUACAGGCGAGGAUAGUGGUGAACUGUCUUUAUACAAAAUCGCAGUUGACGGCCUGGAGGCAACCCAUCUGGGUAAUAUCGACAAGCUAAUAUCCCCGUCCAAAGCGAUCACACAACUCGCAUGGCGACCUUCUGCAAAAUACGAUACCAGCCGAGACGAAUAUAGUCUCAGGCUUGCCGUUGCAAGUGAGGACACCUCAACACGUAUAUAUGCUAUUUCGAACAUGGUUUCAUGA